UUUCCUUCCCUUUUUAGUUUUCAUUUUCAACAAAACAAACGUGGUCUCUCUCUCUCUCUCUCGUUUGCUUUCUCUGCUUAAAGAAGUAAGAAUCAUCUUUCUUUGAGGUCUGUUGAAAAGCUCCUAGGCAAGAGGAAACUCAUACGAGAAAAGCAGAGAAAAAAGAGAAAAACUGGGCUCUCGCUUUCGAGUAAGAUUAUUAGCUUUGUGGGUUUUCGUUCACUCACAUGAUGGAGAGGGAUUUUCUUGGUCUGGGCUCGAAAAACUUUCCGGUUACUGUGAAAGAGGAGGUCACAGUCACUGAUGGCUAUAAGGAAUCGGCUUCAUAUUCUGUCGAAUUCUAUAGCCUGAAAUGCUGUUUUGAGUUUUGGCUCGUUUGGUUGCUGAGAAAGUGCGAGAAAAGAAAAAGACAAAAUUCUUGACUUUUACUGAACUUGGGGUUCCUGUCAUGGUAGCUAUUGAGUUUAAUUUAACUCAUGGGUUGAGUUCCAAGUUGAGUUCCAAUGAGAGGUUCAGCAAUGCAGUGGUCUUUCUCAAACAAGGUUUCUGCCAUUCCUCAAAUUUUGUCAUUUAAGUCUGGUGUGGAAGAAAAGCCAAGAAAGCCUACUCAUGAUCGCAUAGCUUCCUCUGGUUUUAUUCCCAUUUCAACUGCUGAUGCUUUUGAUUCUAACCACAAGUCAUAUAAUAGCAUGGUUCAGAAAAAUAUGACCCUUGAUAAACAAGGCGCAAGACAAUACACAAUGACUGCAUAUGCUGCGCAACAUGUUGAUUCGCACCUGUUCCAUCACUCCCAGCAAACGAGGAUAUUCCCAGUCACCAACCAUCAAAAUCAAACAAUUACCAUUUCUCUGAGCAAUCCUGUUUUGCAGUCCCAUCUUGCUUCCGUUGGGAACAAUGUGGGUGGUAAUUCAAUGAACUCACAAUCUCUUGCAGGAGUUCCAAGCAUAAGCCCUGUUUCUCUUCAUCCCACUCCAAGUUCUAUUGUUGGUACCACUAAUCUUAGAAAUGGUCCAAAACCCUCUGGGACUCCUGCUCAAUUGACCAUAUUUUAUGGUGGUUCUGUGUGUGUUUAUGAUGAUGUUUCUCCUGAGAAGGCUCAGGCCAUUAUGCUAUUGGCAGGAAAUGGGUCUUCAAUAACUCAGAAUAAGGCAGUCUCCUCAGCUCAAGUGCAGGCACCAAUCCGUAGCCCUUCUGCUGGUGAUGGUUUUAUUGUGAACAGAAUCUAUGCUUCAGCUCCAUGCUUAGGCCUUCCAAGCCCCAUUUCUGUGACCUCAAGUAGUGCCAACGAUUUGGCAACAGGUAAACCAGUUGGAGCAUUAGUGUCCGCAAAUAACCAUAUUGAAAGCACAAAGACAGUUAGUUCAGUAGGAUCUGGUUCUGCAACUAUGAUUCCAGCAGUGGCUGUACCUCAGGCUCGUAAAGCAUCAUUGGCUCGGUUUCUAGAGAAGCGCAAGGAAAGGGUGAUGAAUACAUUGCCAUACAACGUGAGCAAGAAAUCUCCAGACUGCAGUAGUGCCACUCAAUGUGAUAGUGUGAGUUAUUCCAUCAAUUCUCUAUCUUCUCCCAGCCAUCAAUAAGCAGUUAAGGACUGAGAAGAUUCAAAUUCAGUACCGUGCACUCUAAAAUAUAAGGGAAGAGAGAUCUUCAUCUACGUCUAUUUUGUUCUUAAUUGUAAGUUAAGUUCUUUUUGCUUAAAAUUUUUAGGUUUCCUCAAUUUUUUGAAAUUUAACUUAAAAUAUAUGUUGUAAAAGUAUUAUUUAUUAUUAUUCUCUUUUUUUUUUCACAUUGGAAGAUGCUUUUGUCCCAUUAUUUCUAUUCAUAGAAAAUAGAAAUCUUUGUCUUUCUAGUU